AUGUCUUUGGAGAAGAUGAAAGAUCUCCACCUGCAGGAAAAAUGCCUACAGCCAGAAACAAAAGAACUGAAUGGAAUACUCAUGGCCAAGAUGAUAACUGAUAACUGGGACAAAAUCUGGGAUUUCCAAGCAAAACCUGAUGACCUCCUCAUUGCAACCUAUGCAAAGGCAGGCACAACCUGGACACAGGAGAUUGUGGACAUGAUCCAAAAUGAUGGGGACGUGCAGAAGUGCCAGCGUGCCAACACCUUUGACCGGCAUCCUUUCCUUGAAUGGACUCUGCCCCCGCCCCUCAACUCUGGUCUGGAUCUGGCUAACAAAAUGCCUUCUCCUAGAACUCUGAAGACCCAUUUGCCUGUUCAGAUGCUACCACCAUCAUUCUGGAAAGAAAAUUCAAAGAUUAUUUAUGUGGCUAGAAAUGCCAAGGACUGUCUGGUGUCUUACUACCAUUUCUCAAGAAUGAAUAAAAUGCUGCCUGACCCCGGUACAUGGGAAGAAUAUGUUGAGACAUUCAAAGCUGGAAAAGUGCUGUGGGGCUCCUGGUAUGACCACGUUAAGGGAUGGUGGGAUGUGAAAGACCAGCACCGCAUUCUCUACCUCUUCUAUGAGGACAUGAAGGAGGAUCCAAAGCGGGAAAUUCAGAAGAUAUUGCAGUUCCUGGAGAAAGACAUACCUGAAGACGUUCUGAAUAAAAUUGUCUAUCAUACCUCCUUUGAUGUAAUGAAGCAAAACCCAAUGGCCAACUACACCACGUUGCCCACCUGCCUUAUGGAUCAUUCCAUCUCCCCUUUUAUGAGAAAAGGGAUGCCUGGGGACUGGAAGAACUACUUUACUGUGGCCCAGAAUGAAGAAUUUGACAAUGACUACCAGAAGAAGAUGGCAGGAAGCACCCUGACCUUCCGCACAGAGAUCUGA